AACAGAAAAAAUAUAAGAAAACACAGACCUUCUGAUGAUUAGUUUGUUUACCCACCAGAGCUCAAAUUUGUCUUGGGUAGAGCGAAAAAAGAAUGGCGAUGGCAAAUGCAGUAGCAAUAGCCAAAGGGCCAUCACUAACUAGAGCGCCCCAUUUCACCAGUCCUCAGAGCUUUCACAAUGUCAAGAGCCCAAAGCCCCUGUUUCUGCAAACCAGGAGGUUUACAACCCCUGCUGCAGCAAAAUCAGAGCAGGUGGUCUUGGCUCCCCUGGUAGAGCCCGCCACGGCCAUGGGGGCUGCAUUCAUGGCUGCCCUGAGCUCAUGUGACUCUGCUUUUGCGGCGCAGCAGGUGAUGGAUUUGGCGGCCAAUGAUAACCGCGGGACUCUGCUGCUGCUCACCUUGGUGCCUGCUGUUGGGUGGGUGCUCUACAACAUUUUGCAGCCGGCACUCAACCAGAUUAAUCGCAUGAGAAAUGUUAAAGGCCUGGUUGUAGGCUUAGGCCUGGGGGCUGGCGGCGCUGCCCUGUUUUCCGGUGCUGGUGAGGCCCGUGCAGAGGAGGUGCUCAGUUUGGCGGCGGAAGCGGCGGGAAGCGAUAACCGUGGGCUUCUGCUGCUGCUCGUUGUUUCUCCUGCAAUUGCGUGGGUGUUGUAUAAUAUCCUCCAGCCCGCUCUUAAUCAGAUCAACCGGAUGCGUUCUGGCAGAUAGGUAUUAGCAGAGCAGGAGACGUCUUUCGUGACAUUGCAGACAAGCUUGGUAUAGAGUUAGACUACAGACUACUUCUGUUUGUUAUCUAAGUGUAUUUAUUGUAAGAAUUCUCUCUUCUUUUGAAUAUUAUUCACCUGUCCAAUAAGAACGUAGCCAACAUUAUGUAAUGUGUUAGAGGAAGUACUUGCUGAGCAGUGGUAACAGCAGAUGUACUUGGCCAUAAGUAGCCUGGUCUUUACCCUGGCUCAGAUUUAUUUUUGGGUCUAGUGUCCUUUGUGUCCAAAGUUUAAUUGUACUACUAUCCCAACUGCUAAAAUACAAUACAAAACUUUCUAUCUUUAGUGAUAUAA